CCCUAAUUAUAUCCCUUUAUUCGAUCUUAUAUUCAUCAAAAUCUCAAUCUGUAGGAUUACAUAUCUUUUGUCUAGACGAUUCUUCGUUCCUGUUGUAAAGUUAGUGGAUCUAUGGAUGGGAACAGGCGACCCUCCUUCAAGAAACGCCCUAACCCCAAUUUUAAUAAGGGUGGUAAUAAAAGAGGGAAAUUUAAUGAUCAAAAUUCAGAAAGCUCCCAGGGUUCAGAGACUGUCUACCGAAUUCUUUGUCCGUCUAGAAAAAUUGGUAGUGUAAUUGGAAAAGGUGGAGGAAUUAUCAAAGUCUUGCGAGAAGAGACCCAAGCUAAGAUUACGGUUGCCGAAUCAGUUCCUGGUUCAGACGAAAGAGUAGUUAUGGUUUAUAGUCCUUCUACAAUGCUGCCAGUAAAAAAUGACAACAAUAAUAAUCAUGAGAAUGAUGAUAUGGAGCUGCAUUGCGCAGCUCAAGAUGCUCUUUUAAGGGUUCAUGAUAGAAUAGUGGACGAAGAUAUAAAGGAUGGUAACGAUAAUAUGGUAGUUGCGCGCCUGCUUGUUCCAAACAAUACAGUUGGGUGCCUCUUGGGAAAAAAAGGUGAUGUUAUCCAGAGGUUAAGGAGUGAAACUGGUGCAAGCAUACGUGUUAUGCCUACAGAUCAGCUUCCUGCGUGUGCAAUGAGUACUGAUGAGUUAGUGCAGAUAUCAGCCAAACCAGAUGUUGCAAAAGGAGCUCUCUAUCAAGUGUCUACAUUAUUGCAUCAAAAUCCACGCAAAGAUAAACCGCCAUCAAGAAGCCAAAUCAGCGGGGGCCAAGGAUUGCAUCGUUCUGGCCCCACCUUUGAAAAUAUGCCUCCAAUGAAUUUAAUGCAAUCUGAGCGUGGGCCAAAUGCACGUGGUGCACCAUCUGCUCCGUGGAUGGGUGGAUUUGGUAACGAGCCCUCCAGAUUUGGACCUAACGGUUAUGGUGGUGAUAUCAGUGCUGCACUUAUAGAGGAGACCCCAACUGAGUUUUCAAUAAAACUUCUAUGCUCUGCAGCUAAAAUUGGAGGUGUGAUUGGUAAGGGGGGAUCCAAUGUGAGGCAGUUACAGCAAGACACUGGAACCAACAUACAUGUGGAUGAAGCUUCUAGUGAGUCGGAGGAACGAGUGAUCCGUGUAUCUUCACUUGAGGCUUUAACGAUCCCAAGGUCACAGACAAUUGAUGCAGUUCGUUUUCUUCAAGAUAAAACGAGUGAACACAAUGAAAAAGGGCUAAUUACUACAAGACUUCUUAUACCAUCUAGUAAGGUCGGCUGCAUCAUUGGACAAGGAGGCCAGGUAAUUAAUGAGAUGAGGAGAAGAACGAAAGCAGAUAUCCGUGUGUACUCUAAGGAAGAAAAGCCCAAGUGUGCUGGUGAAGAUGAAGAGCUUGUGCAGGUGUCUGGGAGUUACAGUGUUGCUAAAGAUGCUUUGACUGAGAUUGCAUCAAGAUAUAGAGCCAGAUGUUUACGAGAUAUGCAAACUGGAACGGAGCCUGCUCCAGCUUCAGGAUACAUGCCACGAGGAAACUUAGCUAGUGAAGGACCAUCUCCCUCUGGUGUUAUAAGAGGUGGUCGCCCAGGGGGCUAUGAAACUUUUCAGGGUGUUGGAAGACACUUUGAACCUCGUGGUUAUCCUGCCCCUCCUCCUAGGGAAUAUGAACCUCAUGGUUAUUCUGCCCCUCCUCCUAGGGAAUAUGAACCUCAUGGUUACCCAGUCCCUCCACGUGCCUCUGGAUAUCCCGGUGCUGUGGAUAUGAAGAUGCCAAACAGUGGUCGGGGUUCUGGUAUGGGACCUGGAGUUCAUAACACUAGUGAGGCUACAGAAACAAGGCUUCAAGAUCCAUAUGCUGUUGGUGCGGAACCUGCUGCGGAGAUGCAUGGUUCUCAACAUUUGAAUGCUAGCCAUGGUGCUGAUGUCUACCAAGGAUACACUGGUCCUGGUGGACAAAAUCGUCCUCCUCAGGCGCCUUACCAUGAUAACUACGGUACUCAGCAAGGUCCCUUUCCCGAUAUGAACCCUUCACACACAUCAUAUAACAGCACCACUACCACCACCACUAGCACCCACCCGCCCUACCCCCCUCAACAAGGCCAUUACCCAGAAUCUGCUUAUCAGUACGGACACUAGACUUUGGGGUAUUUUUGGACCAUGAUUUACCACAUUGUUACAAGAAUCCCAACUUCGUAACUAUUGUCGACUGACUCCUUAGAAUGAUGAUAGAGACAAAUGUAUGGUUCUGCGAAAUCUCGUGGCCUUUUCUUGCCUAGAACUCGAGAGACAUAUUUUAUUGUCCUUGGACAAGUAUGAGACCUAUGCUUAGGCUCCUUCACAUGUUAUUUUCUGCCUUAUUUUGGAUCAUGUCCACAUAAAUUUUCAGACUUAUGGGAAUCCCUUAAAUUUGUGUUCA